AUGGCUGACCCUGCCCAAAGUGCCGCGACCCCAGUGCCUGAGGAGGACGACUUUGAACUGUUUGGUCCGAGUCCUGGAGAGGCGAGUCAGCCGUCGAACCCAGGACCUCAGCCUGUCCCGACUGUUGGACCGCAGCAGGCACCGCAGCCAGUGCCACAGCAAGCACCGGUUCCACCUGCAGUGACGACGACAGUUGGUUUGGACCCACAGCUGCAGCAGUUGAUGCUGAAUAUGAUGCAGAUGCAACAGCAGACGCUCCAGGUCAUGAUGGCUAGGAUGGACGCAGAUGAGAGAAGAAGGCGAGAAGCUGAGGCUGCCUCUGCAGCUGUAGCGGACCCCUUUGGUUCGACGGCUGCGGCUGGAAGUCCGUCAGCUAAAGCUACUGCUCCUCCACCUCCAGCGUCUGCUGGUCCGUCGUUGCACGUAGGAAGCAACAGAGCUGAGAAGUACCUCCCUGCUUUGCCCACCAUCGACGCUCCAUCGAUGGGAAAAGGGCGUGUGAAAGAGCUGGAAGAGUACCACCGUUGGUGUGAAGUCUUGGCGUCAUGGUUGGCGCUCAUAGACGACAACUACGUCAACGAGUUGCGCCAAGCAAUGGUGCACAACAGGGAGAUCAAGCAGUCAGAGAUGUCUGCUCCUGUGGCUUCGAGGUCUGCUCGGUUGUUUUACUACCUUCAACAGAGUUUGCAGAAGUUUGAGAGAGGCAUGGAGCUUGUGAGAAGCACGUCCAUGCGGCAAGCUCAAGCUGCUUGUGGGUACGAAGUCAUGCGGCAAAUGCAUGCUGGUCACUACAGUUGGCAGUGUCCUGAACCACCGAAGGGUGGCAAAGGAAAAGGCAGAGACAAAGACAAAGGCAAGGGUGGAAAGCCCUCUGGUGGUGGCGGUCGAGGAGGCGAGCCCAAAGGAAAGGGCAAAGGCGACAAGAAGGGCGAGAAGGGCAAGGACAAAGGAAAGUGGGGAAAGCCAAAGGCGAAGCCGAAAGCGAAGUCCAAGGGACGCGCUGUUGAAGACGAGCCGUCGGAGCAAGUGAUGGCCUUGAGAUUUCAUCGUCUCAGGGGCAUGCGCCCAGGGAAAGCAGUGAAGAAUGAGCCCAAUGAUGCUGAGCCCCCACGUCUCACCAUGACGGAUAAGGAAGUAGAGAAGCUGAACCAGUCCUCUUCUAGGAACAGUCACUUUGCGUGGCUUGUUGAUAGUGGAGCCACGUGCCACGUGUUGUCUGUUGCUUCUUUGUCGUUUUACGAAGUCGUGAAGGAGCAUUCGGGACCGCUGCCUGUCUUGAUGAGUGCUAGCGACACCGAGAUGGAAUGCCUCGGGUUGGUCGAUAUCCGUGUGAAGUUUGGGAGGCUAGGGCCUGUAGUGCUUCAGAAGGUCCUGGUUUGUCAGAUUGGUUUCAAUGUGAUCAGUUCUUGGCAGGCGUCGCUUUCGGGUUGGUGUUCUUGGUUCACUGCCACACCCGGAGAGAGUUGCUUGAUGAAGCAGAAUGGGAAGGGUUCCUGGAUUUGGGUUCCCUUAGAGACGGAAGCCAGGAGCUGGUGGGCAAUGGCCCAGGAGAUCGGCCCCGCGAGAGCUAAGGCGAAAGCGAAGUCCAAAGCAGGAGUGCCCAAAGGUACCCCACCGAAGUUUGGGAAAGAAGACGACGACACGGGAGAUGCAACGGAAGUGGACCGCGCCAAGGAGAAGGCGCAUCCGAACAAGCAUCCGCAGAGAGCUUUGGAAGUGACUCCUUUCAAGUUCUUGUUGCGAGCUUUUUGCAGUGAGUUUUCGUGCGAGUGUGUUUCUGCAGCAGAAGUAGCAGCUGAGACUGAGGUAGAGAAGGAGCCGGCCCAGAUGAUGGUUAUGUCCGAGAGAUGGCAAGAUCUCAGAGCGAUGCAGACAGCGGCAUCCAGCAGGCGACAGCAGUUGGUGCAGAAGCUGCAGCUGAGUCGCAGCGUGGAGCAGAGGCGAGAGGCCGAAGAACUAGUGGCAAUGAACAGAUGCGAUUCGAAGGAAUUGCUCCACCGAGGAUUUCACUCCCUAACUUCUCCGGCCUUGCCUUCUGGAGAGCCUCCCGCUCCCACUCAGGAGGGCAACGAGGCCGACGAUUGGGGAAAAUGGAAGGCGGUGCCAGGCCCUCCUGCAAGCCCGCCUCCACCGGGGACGCCUGUGGUGCCGCCUGGACCCCCGGAUAUGCCGCCCGAGACACCACCGGAGACUCCUCGGGAGAAGAAGAAGAAGGACAAGAAGAAGGAGAAGAAGAAAGGCUCCAAGGAGCGCCGUGCACGAGAAAAGGACCAGGUCGCCGAGGACAAGAAGGACCACAACGAGGGCGAGAGAGACAAGGCCGCCGAAGGAGUGGCUUUGCUGAGGGAGCAAGAGCUCAAGAUGGUUGCCGCCAGCAAGAACUUGGCGGAGAAGGAGCGAGCGUCGGCAGCGGCGAAGGCAGCCGCCAAUGUGGCUGUCGAGAAGUGGACGCCCCAACAGAGGGCACGCAAGGAGGCAGAGCUCCAAGCAGCCCUGCUUGCUCAGGAGCAAGCAUUUGCUUACUUUGGAGUUAGAGUUCAGCGGCGGAUCAGCCUGUCGUCUUCGAGUGUGGAAGCUAUCACUCCUCCAGGAACGCCUCCGACAACGCCGGUGUCGCCCGGAUCUGCGGUUCCAAAGACACCCCAACGAUCACCUUUGGUGAAAGCGAUGCCCAAGGUUCCGGAGAGCCCUGCUUCUCAAGCUGCUGUGAGCCUUGUUGCUCCAGCUGCUGCGGGGCCUGUUGCUCAAGCUGCUGCGAGGCCUGCGGUUCGAGUUGCUUUGAGGCCGCCGGUCCGAGCUGUUCAAGUGAAGGCGAUGCCCAAGGUGGGGCAGGUGCCGGAUGUUGGGCACAUGGGACCUCCAGCGCCGCCGAUGGUUGGGCCAAUGGGCCCUGUACCACAAGCACCGCAGGUUGUUGGGAAGAUGCACAUGUUCCCGCCGGCGCCGCCCUUCUUGGGGUACAUGGGACCAGUGCCUCCAGCACCACCGCCAGGAUACCGAGGCAUUUUCAAUCCGUGGUCCACCGGGCCGUUGCGCCAGGUGUUUGGAGCUGUGGGCCAGCAUGUGACGCCCAUCACUCCGAGUGUGUCGGUUGCCGUCAAAAGCACCACGGCCAACAGCAAGGGCAACUCUAGCCCCUACGCCAAAGAAGAGAGAUCGAUCACCUUCGAUCUGAGGCGGCCCGUCAUCCGAUUUGUGUACUUGUUCACAUCUGUUUUAUAG